AUGGCAAACAACGUUUUUAAUUUAUUUCAACAAAUUAUUUCGGCGACGACUCAAUAUAAUAAAUUCGGAUGGACAUUCGAAGAAAAAAGUCGACUUAAAAGGAUAUUGGAGAAUUGGUUUGAAGAGGAUGAAGAUAUUCUAGAUUUGAAUCUUAAUGCUUUAUCCGUACUUCUAACGAAUCAACUAAUUCUCGGUUUAUUGCCAGCUGGAAGAAUUCUCAAUAUUAUCGAAUCGUUACCAGUAGCCGGGUGGGACGUUGCUCUUAUAGCAGAUAUUCCCGUUGAUGCUAAAGUUGAUUUAUGCGACAAAACACGUAUUCAACCAUUAGGCAAACGAAAAGCAAAAGGGUGUCCCAAGAAAGUUAGCACAGCUUUAAAUUUGUAA